AUUGGCCCCAUUUUCCCCCAUUCCUUGCUGGCGAGUAGGCUGGCUUGUGCCCGCUUCCGGAGAUUUAUAGAAGCGGAAGGUGUGCGGAGAUUCGGAGCGAAUUGAGUUCGGGAUCACACCGAGUUGAAUCUGUUCUCGUUUUGCGUUUGGGUUUCUUGUUUCUUCCCCGGUGUCUCUCCGGAUCCGAACUUGGAGGAACUGCGACCAAGUCCGUUUCCAUUUGUUCGGAGGAAAAACAAUCAGAAACAGAUGGUAGGGAUCGACAGAAACAGUGAUGAUUCAUCGCUCAAUGCACGGGCUGGUCCCCCAGUGGCACCUCCUUUACCUGGUCCGCCCAUGACCAAAUGGGCGAGGAAGGGAGUGCCUCAAGGAGCCGAUUGCUGCGUCUCAACAACUGCGAUCGAUCUAUGGGACCGACUUUUUGAUGAAGGCUAUAAAGCAGAUGUCCGAAUUCACACUGAUGAUGGUGGUGUCGUCUAUGCACAUGCUUGGAUAGUUAGCAUGGCUUCUCCAGUAAUGAAAGGCAUGCUAAAGAAAUCCAAAAGAAAGGGUCGUUAUCAAGUAUUAUCAAUCGGUGGAGUUCCUCAUGAUGCUGUUCGUGUUUUUGUUCGAUUCCUGUACUCCUCCCGUUAUCAAAACCAAGACAUGGCCGAGUUCAUCGUGCCUUUACUGGUGCUCUCACACUCGUUCAUGGUUCCUCGGCUCAAGCAAAUCUGCGAGCAGCAACUCGAGCAAGGUCUACUUAACAUGGAGAAUGUCAUUGACAUCUUUCAGCUUGCAUUGCUCUGUGAUGCUCCUCGUCUUGGCUUCAUCUCUCACCGCAUGAUCGUGAAGAACUUCAAGGAUGUGUCAGCCACCGAAGGGUGGGCAGCAAUGAAGCAGAGUUUCCCCUUACUAGAAAAAGAGCUACUAGAGUGUGUCAUCGAGGAAGACAAUAGAACAAAGGAGAGGAUCAGAAGGAAGAAUGAGAGGAAGAUCUAUUUGCAGCUAUACGAAGCGAUGGAAGCUCUUGUUCAUAUUUGUAGAGACGGGUGUCAGACGAUUGGGCCUCAUGACAAAGUCUUCAAGAAGGACCAGCCGCCGUGCAGCUUCGAGGCUUGCAAGGGCUUAGAAUUGCUGAUCCGCCACUUUGCGGGCUGCAAGUUACGGGUUCCGGGUGGUUGCAUCCACUGCAAGCGAAUGUGGCAGCUGUUGGAACUGCACUCCCGUCUCUGUGCCGAUUCAAAUGUUUGCCGAGUCCCCUUGUGUAGGAACUUCAAGGACAGGAUCAAGAAACAGAACAAAAAGGACGAGACCAAGUGGAGAAUACUUGCGAGAAAGAUCUUGAGGACGAAGACCAUCGGGGUAGCGCCGUUUUUCACAUCGGCAUGUGGGUGCUAGUUAGGAAAGCAAAUCCCGGGCUUCUGUGGGAUGUCGAUCCGAGUGUAAUAUGUAAUGUUCAUAUGCAAUGAGAAGCCUGGCAUUGAAUUUGGGUUGUUCUGGAUGCAUCUUGAUUGCCAGAAUCAGAAGGAUAGGAAAAAUAGUUCGCAUUCUCUUA